UAUGAUAUAUUUAUUUCAAAUCGCAGCAUCAAAACAGUACACAUAAACUCAGUUUUACUUUUAAUGGCUUUUGCAUAAGUAAAAUCUUAAAGGCAACUAUUAGCAUUACGUUGUGCCGUUUGUCAGCUUUUGAACAAUAUUGAGCAAAUGGAAAUUAUUCCUGAAUCAUGCCGCUUGUGCUUGUCAAACAAUGUGUCUACCCAUCCAAUAUACGAGCGGCUAAGUUUAGCAGAAAUCGUAGAGCUUUUGCAAGACACCCUUGGCAUUCAGAUAAGCAAUUCAGAAGAGUAUACUAAUGUAUGUAACGAAUGUGAAAUGAAGACCAAACUCAUGCAUACAAUUUGUUCUGAAUUUCGGACAUCGGAUAAGCUCUUUUGCACCUUUUUAGAGCAGAAACGAGCUUCUCAGGGUAUACCAUUGUCGGACGAAACGAAAGAUGCAAUCAACAUUGUAACGGUGAUGCCUCUAGAACCGCUUGUCGAAGAACCUACUUUCAUCGUUACGGAAGAUAAUUCACCAAAUGGGACCAUUGAAUCGAGAACGAAUUCAGAAAUUGUAACUGGCGCCUCUCAUUAUUAUAGCAGCAGCGACGACGACGACGGGGCAAACAAUGAGUAUAUCGAUGAUGUAGACCUCCCUUUCAAUGAUCCCGAUUAUUUGAGUGAAGAUGAAAAAUUCCUAGAUUCAAAAAUGGUUAGCUGUUACAUUUGCGAAAAGUUUGCCGGCAGUGAAACAUUGCUUUCCGAGCAUUUAAGCGAACAGCACAGCUCUUUGCUACCAUAUUAUUGCGACAGGUGUCUCAUAGGACUAGAGGAUUUGUUAGCUGUGAACUCUCACUAUCGAAGCCACGAAUUUCCUUUAGGGUGCUUGUUUUGCGAAGAAGUAUUUACGAAUGAUGAAGAUUUAAUAUUGCAUCAAGAAUCCUGCAUAGGAUACAAAUGUCAACAAUGCGCCUGCCAUUUUCAGUUUUUACAAAACCUGAAGGAGCAUAGAUGUUCAGCCAGUAAGUCGAUUCGUAUGCGCAAUAUAAACAAAAUGAUUGGAAGUCGCCGACAUCGAGCCAAUUUCAUACCACAAACCUGUGGAAUGUGUAAUGAAGAUUUUGAAAAAAACUAUCAGCUAGCAAAACAUUUCGAAAGGGAACACAACGAUUUCCGUCUACAGUUAUAUAAAUGUGACAUUUGCCCGCAGAAAUUUACUGUCUUACUGGCGGCUCGAAUCCACCGUCUAACGCACAAGAAAGAUUGUGUUACAAUGAAACCACGCAAAAUUCCUGCCGUAGAGCGUAACGAUUGCACAAUUUGUGAUCGUGUGUUCAAAUUUAACAAAGAACUUUUGGCUCAUAUGGAAUCCGAUCAUGCUGAUGCAGGAAUGGAGUUUCAUCAAUGUCUAAAGUGCGAUAAAAAAUUUACUUCGGAAGCAAAACUUCUGAAGCAUGACUACAACACGCAUCAAGGGAAACAGCCGCAAUUUUUUUGUUCAUAUUGUGGUCGAGUGUUUAACAAAAAGUUAGGGCUCAAGGAUCACGAAAAUGUUCACCGAGGCGUAAAAGCUUAUCACUGCCAAGAUUGCAAUAAGGAUUUCACCUAUAAAAGUACUUACGAUCGUCACAUGCAGGUCGUUCAUAGCGAUGCUAAACAAUUUACUUGUGAAUAUUGUCAUAAAAGUUUUAAGCGGAAACCAACUCUAAAAGUUCAUCUGAGACUACAUACGGGCGAGAAGCCGUACCAAUGUGAAUUCUGUAGCAGAAGAUUUGUAGAUCCCAGUUCGUUUCACAAACAUAAAGCGAAGGAACAUGGAUGGAAAUCAAGCUACUGAGCGGACUACUUUGCGUUAAAAAUUUAACGGAAGCGAACCUCGAGUAUUAUUCUAAUAUACAUAUAAUAAAUGAUUUCCACUA